AUGCCCGCAUCAACGGAAACUCGGCAAGUCAGCUGCGAUCUUGAAGGUCCAGAAUCUAUCUCGCUUGACGACAUCAAUGCUGAGUUCGCUCGAUUAGAAGCCAUUUGUAAUAGGGAACGAAUGAUAUACGCAGAAUUUGCCUUGGACUGGGAUGUGAAUGGGACAGAAGUACUGGAAUGGAGAGCAUUCGACUUUGCGAAACUGCUCUUGAAGCUUGAAAGUGGCGUCAAAAUUUACAAGCGUGCAAUGGUCGCGCCUACAGUCAAUACGGGAAUCCAGACGGCAAAGUAUUGCAAUGUCGGUGGUCUAGGAGUUUUGAUUUUCGAUUAUUUCUUAACGCUCGAACCUGAAGUUCAAUGGACAUGGAACACGCGCUGGAACGUCAGUCGUGUUCUUUUCGUAAUUUCGCGCUACAUGGCCUUUGUAGCAGCUGGCAUGACUUCAUAUGGUGAGCAGCUACCGUACUACUAUCUCAUGCUGCCAUUGCUACACGAGCGAACGAAAAUGUUGUGCUCACGCUUCAGCUCGGCUUCAAAUGGUGAUCAAUAUCCCGAACACAUUGUAGCUGCUGAAGGUCUUUUGGUUGUUCGUACAUAUGCAUUCUGGAAACAGAACAAAAAGCUCUUGGCAGUGUUACUGGUCUCAGCAGUAAUUUCCAUUGCGUGUGCUGUCAGUAUCACAGAUGUUGUCAGUAAUCUAUUAGUGGCGCCUGUGGACCCUUCAGACGGCAACCUUGGUUUUAAAGCUCCCCCCACAAGUAACUGCACUUUUGAAGGGGGUCGCAGCAGUGCCAUUCAGUACGGCUUUCUUGUAGCCUUCGAACUAUUACUGAUGUCUUUAACGGUGUUCAAGAGAUAUCAAGACUACAGGGAUUACAAUAGUCGUAUAGUGAGAGCCGUCUUCCAGGGCGGAGUACGAUAUAUGACUGCUAUAAUUUUUGUUUCUGUGGCCAAUAUAUUAAUUACGUCUGUGGUGCCGGCAUCAUAUGACGAGAUGAUGGACUUGCCACAACUUGUCCUCCAUAUAUACCACGUCGGAAUGUAUAAGUAG